AGGUUAUAAUGUUUACUAAGAAAACAGCUUGUUAUUGCGUGAGAAGUAAUUGUACAUUUAAAGAAAUCUCCAGCCGAUAAGAUGAAACGACGGAAAGACACGCAAAAUAUAGGCCAAUGUCUUUCGAACAUGCUAUGUUUAUUUCCUCCUUUUUGUGCAAUAUUUGCAGAAGUGACAGUAAAUGCACAGUGUUAACAGUUCAUAAUUUUUCGAUUAACAAAUGUGCUGUGACUGCAGUUCGAAGUAUUGCUACGUAUAUAUGCAGACAUGGCGCUUAAAUUUCAAAAAAGAAAGAUAUCUCCAACUACAAAUCCCAGAAAAGUCGUCUUCGAGGUCAUAUCUCAGCUGUCAUCACCAAUGAAGAAAUCAAAGUCAUGUGUCAGUUCACCAGACAGUCCAUUAGUGAAUGACAUUAUACCUAUGGAAUUGGGUACACUCAAACAAACAUCUGAAGUAAAAAUUUGCAUGGAUUCUGCAAAGAAGAAGAAGAAACGGCUUAAGAAGAAUGGUUUGGCGAGUAGAUUACGGCAGCUGCUUGUACGCCGGAAGUCAUCUAUACGCAUGUGGCAGUAUCAGCAGUGCUUGGCGGAAAAGCGUCAUGCUAAGUACAGAGCAGUACAGUUCCUCGUGACUGCUGUUUGGACUGAGUUGAGUCGUACCAUCAUCAGAUGCAGAAGGCAUUUGCAGUCUCCUGAUACCAGAACGUGUGAGCCAUGUGAAGACCAGAAAGAAUGUUCACAAGAAGAAUUUGUUAAUACAGAUGUGAUAGUUGUUCUGGAUGGUGAUCAGGCAGUGACUGGACAUCUCAGGACUGGUUCUGUAAUACAGAUUUUUCCUCCUUGGCAGAUAUUAAAAGUACAAAGGCUCAACAUUUCGAUCUUGAUCUGUAUGUCACAUUUUGAAGUUAUUUCAAUUAGACCAGAGAAAAGUUUAGCUGCAAUACAAAAUGGAUCAAAAGAAGUGUUAAUAAAUGAGGAAGAAUUUACUUGCCAAUGUUUAACAGGGACUCAAAAUGAAGGGCAACUAUGUCAGUUCCGUCUGCCACGAAACAUCUUUAGGAUAUUUUUCAAUGAAAAAGAUCAGGAAGAUGGCAGAUGUGAGAGCCAUUUCAGUGGCGGAGCCAGUAGCAAUUCAAAAGGCACCAUUGCUGAAGCUCUUGCUGGUAGCUCCUUCCUGAUCAGUGGUGGCAUUGAACUAUGUGUCACUGUAGUAGGUGUGUUCUGUUACAGGCACCCGACUCAUAAAACUGGUGACUCAGAUAAUAACCACAAAUCAAAUCUAAUUUGGUCAAUUCUUGGGUUUGACAGAGCAAAAGAAUAUUGUGAAGUAGUGUUGGGUCAUUCACCCUGUUUAAAAUUUGAUAUGUCUAUGAAAGAACAACAUAAAACCCAACAAUGGGAAGAUUUCAUACAAGGCAGAGCCGUUGGAAAAAUGUAUAGGUUUACUGGGCUAAUGAUAGUAAACAAAGUUCUGCAUAAAAAGUCUUCAGGAUUGUGGACUUUACUGCAUGUGAGGAAAACGCCUUCAUUCUGUAAACUAUUUUGUAAAACAAAUGGUCAGACACCAGAAUUAACUAUAAGGUUUGAGACUGAUGCUAAUACAAAUGACAAUGGAAGUUUGAAUAUUAGUACAGAUGCUACCAACAACCAGUCACUACUAUACACUUUUUCACCUUUAUCUGAGGAGUGGAGCUGUACUUCCAUGGAAACAGAAACAAUAAGCCUUCUUGUGGAUAGCUUUCAGUAUAUUACUGACAUCCUAAGAGAAGUGACUGAGGAUAUGCAAGAAAGGUGUUCUACAAUAAUAAAGCUAAUUUAUGUACAUGAAAACCUGUUUUACUGCACAGAUACUUCACUCAAUGUAACUAAUUGUGUUGGAGAUCAUUCAUCAUAUGUGAUUAUUAAAGUUCUCUCAACAUGUGUGGUACCUCAAGAGGCUGUGAAAGGGAAUAUUACUAUACUCUGCCUUCUGAAUCUUCUCCUUUCUGAAGGUAAACUCAUUGCUGACAAAUACACUCGGAUUCUCACAGUGCCUGGAAAGGAUGCAGAUGCCCCUGUUUUUGGUCUACCAUUCAAAUUUCCAGAUGAUUUAUUGGAAAGUAUAGCUGCCCAAAAGACACUUAUAAAGAAUUUCAGCAAAAUGUCUAAAGUGCUGGAUCUGGUGAAAGUGUCAGGAUGUGUCAUUGGUGUUGAUGAGGAUACGGCAUUUUCAUGGCCAACAUGUGAAAUUUGCGGUAGUGAUUUUUUAUCUGAAAUAGAUGGUGGUGGCUUCUACUGUGAAAAAUGCAACCAAGAAACAGAAACAAUUACAGCUAUGUCACUUGAAGUUAACAUUUCUUGUGUGGAAGUAUCAGAAGAGUCAAAAAUUAAAAUAAAGCUCCUGCAGAAGUCGAUUGCAAAUUUACUGCCUCCUGAACCAAGUGGAAGUGAAGGGUAUGACGUCCUUUCGGUCCUGGGCAAAUACAUAGGCCCAAUCACCUGUUUGGUAGUUAAAGUAAAUGAAGUGCUUUCGGUCAAAAGCUACCAUCUUGAUGAAGUAUUAUUGUUUGAAAAUAUUUGAUAAGUAUUUUUGGUCAUUAUGAAGCUAAAUACUGAAGUGCUUCACUUCACCUAGAGCUAUAAGAACAUUUAGUGUUAGCCACUAGAAGAGUUAUUUAUUUUUGACUGUUACACUGCAUUUUCAAGUUCGUAAUAUUACUUUGCUAAAGUUCAAAUGUUUUUUUAGCCUGGAAAGUACAAAUAAGCAUUGCAGAUGCUGUAAUAUGUAGACACUCCAUUGUUGGAGCUGUGCUGUUAAAUAUUGAUUUAUUUAUUAACUGUUGAUUUUUUGAAAAUAAUUAAGGUUUCAUUGUGUCUUUGAUUCAAUAAUUAUUUUGCUGCUACCUUGUGAAUUGCUACAUAAACAAAGGGAAUCAAAGGGUUUUAAAUAAGGUUCACUGUUGUGAUUGAAAUUUCCAAACACUCUUGAUAUAUUUGUGUAACAUUUUCCAUCACUUUCUUAAACUCCUUUACUUGAAUGCAGCCUUGAACAAUCACAGGCGAUUCUUUUGUUCAUCCUUUCUCAGUUGACUCAUGUUGCACUACAAACCAUAUUUAUAAAAUUUGUGUGUGGAGUACAUGUUAAAUUCUUUGCAUACCACUGGAGGAAAUAACUCAGUUAGCUGGUUUUAUAUGUAGGGUGCAGUGGUAUUUUAAGAAUUAGUGUUUUAAUGUGUCUGUCAGGCUAAGAUAAUAUAUUGAAUCAGAAGACUUAUCAAAUAGCUGCAAAUCUUCAUACUCCAUUAUUCAUUAAUAAUUUGGCAUAAUAAUACUAUUACAAUCAAAUGCCUUCAAACAUUUCUCAGAAUUUUAAAUGUCUCAUUCUGCUCUGAAAGUACAUCUUCUCAAAACAGAGUUUAUAUGUCAUCUUUAACCAAACUGUCGUUGAAGAGUUAACUUUACCCAAAAGCUCUUGUUUCUUCCCGUUAAGGAAAAUUAUUAUCUGUAUUUAAAAGCAGAUCGUACCCACAAAUAUUCUCAUCUAUUUAUUGUUUGUUAUGAGUUUCUUACAGUGAACCCAAGACAAGAAGAAAAUUUGUAUAGCUUUGACUAUCAAAAUAAAAUAAAACAAUAUGCUGUCAGGUAGUUUUCAUAUAGAAAACUGAUGGUAGUUAAGGAUUUUCUUUAAUACUACUUCUGGUAGGAAAUUCAUCUUUCAUAUUACACUAUUUCUGUAUUUUAUCUGUUCAUGAUUCCAUUUUCAUUCACUUGUUGUACCUCGAAAGGUGAUUGUGCUGUAUUCUCUUGGAGCUAUCACAAUAAAGGACUCCAUUCCAGUUGCUCUGGAUGAACCAUAUGGCCUGGAUCGUGACAAGAGCAAACACCUUCCUAAUUAGAGUAAAAGACCCUGGAGUGAACCUAAACAAGCCACAGAGUUCUUUUGGUGACCACUGAGUUGGUUUGUUAUGAACUACUUGUCAAGUAAAAAUCAUCUGUUCCUUACAAAUCUUGUUGAAGAAAAAAGUAAAGAUAAUUAGAAUCUUUCUGCCUAUCAUUGAAGCAAUUUUGGUGGCUGUUUGGAAAUGAAAACUUGAUCUGGCAGUCAUUACUCAUUUAAUUUGAGAGCCUGCUGACGUUUGCCAGCCUUCUGCUUUCUGUCUUGGGAACUGCAAUGGAAACUGUGUUACUGAACAUAGCAAAUAUUAACUUACUUAUUGUAGUCACUUGACAGACUAAUGAUGUUUGUCUGAGGUAAGCUAGAUCAGGUUAUUUUGUUCAUUCACUUGGCCAAAGUGUGUUGUAGCAUGAAAUGAUUUAUCAAGAGUAAGAACAAAUAACUAUCAAUGAAUUGAAGACAAUAGUUAUGCCACAGUGCCAGUUCAGUGGAAUUUAUAACCCAGCAGAAUUUUUUUUUCCCAUCUUGAAAAGGAUUGUGUAUCCUGAAAAGUUGCAUGAAGUAAGGUCACUAAAAAGCAUAGAUUCAGAGUAUAGUAAAGGAUCUUCUGUUUCUUCUGUGUAUUUUCCCCUAGGAUAGAAAUGGAUAGGUAACCCAUAUGCCCCCUCUGCUUUUCCUCUUGUUCUCAGUAGAAUGCCAUUGUCUAACCUUCCUUUAACUUUUUAGUAAUAUUUUCAUUGCUCUUCGGUAAUGUGCUUUUAUUAAAUGUACGCCCUGUUGAUUACAUUCCUGAGCCACUUUUACUUGAAUGUGUCAACAUUUUAUGCAUUUCAGAAGUUUCUUCUCUCACCUUACUUUCAUACAUAUAACUUAUUCUUGGUAUGAAUUGUCUUUUGUCACCUCUAAUUAAACCCAUCUGCAUUUUGUUUAGCUCUCUUAAUUAUUUUACUUACUCCAGUAACUGAAGACCACAAUAGGUUAAAAUUGAAACUCAUUGGCUGUGAAAUCUACUGUUCUGUUUUGCAAUAUUCUUUUACUGUUUUAAAUUGUACUUACUCGUUAUUAUCAGACACCCAGUUGUCAUUACAGACUAGCAUAUAAAGUCCCAAUCAGUGUUCGACAACAGCGUGGUGCUCUUACACUUUUGAUGUCUUCUGCCCUUCUUUCCAAAGAACUAUUAUAUAUGGAUGCCCCAUGUGGAGUCUGACUGUGCAGAGCCUCAUUUCUUCAGUGGUUGGCACAUUGGACUUGCAUUCAGGAGGACUAUGGUUCAAAUCCCCAUCCAGCCAACCAGAUUUAGGUUUUCCAGGAUCUGUCUAAAUUGCUUAAGGCAAAUGCUCGUUUGGCUCCUUUGAAAAGGGUGCAGAUUAUUCCCUUCGUCGUCCUUUCCUAAUCUGAGCUUCUGCUCCAUCUCAAAUAACCACAUUCUCUUCAGGACAUUAAACACUAAUCUUCUGUCCUUUAUUCUCUUUUCCCCUUUAAUUACUGAUAUUUGUUACCAUAGAGCAGUUACCAAUAAAGUUCCAGCGCAAUAGCUGCUGAAACUAUUCCAUUCCAUUCUGUUUGUGUUGUGAAGUGAGCUAGCAUUUGUUUCUACAGCUUGUUAUUGGGACUGUAAUCAUUAAGGAUAUUUCUCUUCUGUGAAAGUCCUUAUCUGUGGCAUUGCCUGUUAGAUACAAGUUUUAUCACAGCUGCCGUUUACAAGCUAAUAAAGAUGCAGACCAUACAGCAGGGUUUUCUGGGCGUUAUAAAAUAGAGACAAUCAGAAAACACCCCUAAUAGAUACUGUUUUGUAGUUAUGAGAAAUAAUGUUUAUCAUAAAUGAAAUAUUCAGCACACAAAAAUGUGUCAUAUGAUUUCCAUACUUAUAAGACUGGAAAUAAAAGUUACUAUUCAAAAUGUUACCAUAUACCCUCAAAGCAGUAGACAGUGGACCUCCAAAUUACAUGCUGACCAUAUAAAUCAUGUUGUUAAAUCAUAAAAUAUUAUUUAUGUAUACACAAAUUGUUUUAUUGAACCAGAUUUAUGCUAACAUUAUGUGAGAGUAUAGCAGAAUUCUGUAUUUAAUUUAAUUUUGUAUGUGGCU